UUCCGGUUGUCCUCCAUCUUGGCGCAGCCAACUUGAUGCAGUGAGGAACCAAACGGAGGCAGAGCGGAUCAAUUUGGAGCUUCGGCGGUUGAUCGGGGUUAUGCGGCGCGGCUGAUUCCUGUAUCGAAUCGAACCUCCGUCUCCUCACCGAGUCCAGCAGCUGCUGUCGUCUCAGUCUCCAGGCGUUAGUCUGCACCUGUCCCGAAUGCACCAUCUCCAGAGCCCGGCCUAAUUCCUGGUGCUCUUUCACUCCCACCUCCUUCUCCCUCCUUUCCCUACCCUCCCCCCUCCUGCCCCCCUCCUCCAUCCUCGCCCUCCCCCCUCACCCCCAGCCGCUGCCACUCAGCCAGACUCAGACCAGGUGCCCCUCCACAGGUGGAUGAAUGAAGACCCCAUUCAAGAGCCCAGCGCCCCGCGGGCCCGAGCAGAUGGGGGACAUGCAGGCGUGUCUGCGAACAUGAUGAAGAAGAAGAACUCACAUAAGAAGCAGAGGACCGGGGUGGGUCUCGGAAAGACUCUGGCCCAGCCCAGAAGGAACAUUGUUGGCUGCAGGAUCCAGCACAUCUGGAAAGAAGGCAGUAAGUCGUCUCAGUGGAAGGGGACAGUCCUGGACCAGGUUCCUGUUAACCCCUCCCUCUACCUGAUCAAAUACGACGGCUUUGACUGCAUCUACGGCCUGGAGCUGUACACGGACGAGCGGGUGGUGGGGCUGGAGGUGCUGCCCGACAGAGUGGCUCAGGCCCGUGUGAGCGACUCGAUGCUGGCGGAGACCAUGAUCGGUAAGGCGGUGGAGCACAUGUUCGAGACGGAGGACGGGCCGAAGGAGGAGUGGAGGGGGAUGGUGCUGGCCCGGGCGCCCAUCAUGACGUCCUGGUUCUACAUCACGUACGAGAAGGACCCGGUUCUCUACAUGUACCAGCUGCUGGACGACUACAAGGAGGGAGACCUGCGCAUCAUGCCCGACUCCAACGACAGUGUGGCGGCGGAGCGGGAGCCCGGCGAGGUGGUGGACAGUCUGGUGGGCAAACAGGUGGAGUACGCCAAAGAGGACGGCGGGAAGCGCUCCGGGAUGGUGAUCCACCAGGUGGAGGCCAAGCCCUCCGUCUACUUCAUCAAAUUCGACGACGAUUUCCACAUCUACGUCUACGACCUGGUCAAGACCUCCUAAGACCAGAAAGACAAACUUCCCCACCCAUCCACCCACCCACCCACCCAGCAAACCCCCCCCCCACAACCAGGGUUUAGGACAUCCCGAGUGAACAGAGAUGUCUUCUGUCUUUCAUAAGACGCCUUAAAACCAGGAAGAAGUGCAGAGUCCUUCAGACCAGCUCCACCUUCUCACCCAUCCUUUCUGUCUGACUUCCUUUAAAAUGGCCUCUGCACCCCAAAAACAAAAACCCCACCCUCCUGAGGCACACAGAUGCAGCACAAACACAGACCUCCUCCCCGAAACCCUGAUGGAUCCUCUGGGACCUGGGAGUUUUCCUGGGUUAAUGACGGGACUCCAGGAACUGUCACCACAAAGGUCUGCAUCAGCUUCUCCGGUUUCUGGUUCGGACUCAGUUCCACGGUUUCCCAUCCAAGUUCAUCUCUGUGCCAAACACACGUUGACAUUAUUCCUCGUAGCCCCUGAUUUUCCCGCCUCCUGUGGAUCGUAGCCCACGCAGCAUCCAGGAGCUCGUUACGUCUCUGCAGCAGCUUCUGCUCAUGGAUGUGGUUUAAAGUGUCUUUUUAGCCUCAUGCGACACAACGCUGUCUUCUAAACCUGAACCAUCCGGUAAAAAUGAGAAAAGAGAAACUUUCCAAAGAUUUCUGAACAUUUCCCGACUAAUAAUUGUAGGAAGUGGUGACGUUGCGUAACCCUGCUGUCCUGUACAGUCUCCUCUGUCUAUAUGUUGAUAUGAGCGGGCGCAUCCUGGUGGCUGCUCUGUAUAUGCUGUUCUCUGCUUUCUGUUCGUCCUGUGGAAGCGGCUUCUGACCCACGUAGCUGUAGGAUGCUUGUCUCUGCUUGGUCCGGCGGGGGCCUCGUUCCUGGACCCUGGAUCAGUCGCUGUUUGUGGCUUGUAGCUGUUCAGCGUCAGGUUUUUAUGGAGUUCUUGGGCCAGGGUGGUGGGUAGCAGAAUAUUCUCUGUUCCACCUCUUCAGGCUCCUUUUUCUGCUUCUGGAAGCGAGACGGUCCGAGUCUGGUGCCUGGUUCUGAUCAGUUCUUCAGUUCUAGUGCAAACCGCUUUUAUUUGUGGGUCUAGAGGAGAAACGGAUCAUUUGACCUCCUUAUUGGCUCUAGAUCUGACGCCAGGAAGCUGGAACUGGAAGAAUCAAGAUCUGUGGACCAAAUGAAUCUUAUUUGGAAAUGAAAACGUAAUCACUCCGAUUCUGUUAACACUUUUUACUGGGAUGUUAUUUUAGAUGGUUUCCAUAAAAAUGUUUUAAAAGUUCUAGAUCACACAUCUGAAGGUUCAGUCCUCUCUCCAGGUUCAUUUCUUUUACUUCUGAGUCUUUUCUUUAUUAAAAUGAGUCAUGAGUCGUUCUGAAUCUGCAUUGAACACAUUUUCUGGAUAAAUUCUGGUUCUGGAUCUAGACUCCAGCCUUUUCAUGGGUCUCCGUCUAAAACCAGAUGUUGUCUCUGAUCCUUCCACCGCCUCAUUUCUGUGCUCCGAUUCUUGGAAAGUUUGUGGUCAAGACGAGUAAAAAUCCUAGAAAAUGAGGCUUUUCUGACCAAUGAGGACCAUUUAGUUCUGAACCAGCGUUUUCUGCUUGGACUGAAUUCUUCCUGGUUUUCGUGAAGAAAACUUUGGUUCCAGCUACAUCUUCAGAAUCCUUUUCUUCUUCUGUGAAUCUGCUCUGGCUGUGAGGAUGUAACUUCAGUGCGUAUGACCGUAAACCCACCACGCCGCGCUGACCGCCGGUCGCUCCGUGACGGACGGAGGACUUGAGGAGCAUCAACGAUCCUUUUCGAUAUAUUUUAGGAGAAAUCUGGCUUUGAUAUAUUUGGAUAUUUGUGUUUCCAGUUUAGUGUUAGAAAUCUGUUCCACUAUAUUUAUUCAAUACAUUUCUUAACUAAAAUAAAAAAAAUCCAAAAAUCACAAUUAAAAUGUUUGUUUAAGAAGUAAUCUGAGAUAAUCUGAAUCACCUUUGGGAGGAUUUCUGAGGCUUUAUGACUCAUUUUCCAUCAGUUGCUUUAUUUAAUUUAUUUUCUAGAACCUAUUUUCCAUGUUUGAUGCUCUAUUGUCCCAUUUUAGAACAAAUCCAGCAUGAACGUGAAGCCAGAAGUUAAACGUGCUUUUAUUCCAGAAUCAGAUUUUCCUGUGGACCCUCAUCCCGGAGUGUGAUCUUAUGGAAAACCUUCAGCCUGAGAGCGUCCUCCUGUCUCAGAUGUAAAACACGCAGCUUCACUCAGAUUUAAAUCACAUUUAGUAUAAAUCUGGACUUCAGUGUCGUUUAUCUUUAACAUUGGAAGCGUUUUAUAAAUAAGCUGUUGGAAUGUUUCCUUUCAGAUCUGGACCGUGGUGCAGACCCACAACUACAAAAUCCAGACCAGCAGUUAUUCUAGAAAUCCAAGUUAUUCAUUUAGUACAUUUCCUGCUCUGCAAAUGAAAGUUCCACAUUUUCCCCAAGUUAUUCCAGAUUUUAUCAACGAGGACGGCGUGGUCUAGAAGAGCUCACGCAGGAGGAGGACGCUUGCACAUCUAGAAAAGGAAGAUUUUUCUUUCUAGAAAACGGGAGGAACAGGACUCGGUCUGGAAUGUGACCCGCCACUCGUAUGAGCGUCAUUCCAGCCUGAAGAGCCUGCAGGGCCUCCAGAACCUUCCUGGUUUCCCUGCAUCCUCGCUGUCGUCUUCUCCAUCUUUCCCAGAUUUCAGCCGUUCAGUCUGAUUCUUGGAGGCGGAGUUUAACCCCACCCGUCUGGGACCAGCCGGACCCUUGUGAGGUGGAUGUUUUCCAGAAAGCCUGGAUGUGUGUGUGUGUGUGUGUGGGUUUCUGCUCAGGCGUGUUGUUUUUGCAUGCUCAUCCUGGCUCCGUGUAAAUUGCUGUUUGUUGCAUGUUGUGGAGUUUUCUGUCUGUUGAAGCUUCGCCUGCUUUUUCUUUUAUUUCUACUUUCAUUUUGUACUUUGUGUCCCACAGGCUGCUUUUCUUUUGGGCUAUUGAUGCAAGAUGAUUUAAAAAUAAAAAAGCAACUCUCUGACACAGAAGUGACGGCGAAGCAGGAGAACAUGUGGAGAUGAUGAUGAUGAUGAUGCUGUCUCUUCUGUUGUUUGGAUGGAUUGUUGCAGAGUGCCAACUACAGAAGCCGUGUUGUACAGCAGUGACAAGCUCACCGUAUUUACUAAAAUAAAGCAUUCCUGUUUUUUCA